AUGCACAGGUAUAAGGCGAAAUCGUCGCAACUGCAAUCACCGGUGUCGUCAAAGCGCACAAUGGCGAACGAUGUCCACUGCGCUCAGCCUGGAACAAGCAAAGACAGCAGUUCGGGCGAGAAUGGAGAACCGUCAACACCGAAAUCGGGCCGUAAAUGGAAGAAGACCAAGGCUGUCAAGCAAAGCAGUGGUAGUGCUAUUGGAGCUGCCAGCAGUAGCGCUGGAGGUCCAUCCAGUGGUGUCAGUGUCAGCAGUGCUACUGGUGGAGCCACUUCAGUGGCACCAGCUCAAAACGUGCUCGGUGUUCGCCUAGCCGACUGCCCAACAUCGGGUCCUGAUGAUCUCGUACCUUUGUGUGUGCAAAUUUGCGUAAGUGUCGUCGAGGCGCAUGGUCUGGAUACGGUAGGCAUCUACCGUAUACCUGGUAACACGGCAGCGGUGAAUGCACUCAAGGAGAUGUUUAGCCAUGGUCUGGACACGAUGACGUUAGAAAACGUGAGUUGA